AUGGCGACCUCGUCGCUGCUCUCGCCGCAGUACGCUCGUCCUGCCCCUCCUCUCCCCCUCCUCCGCCACCUCCCGCCUCAGCCGGCCGUCGCCUCCCCCGCCACGACGGAUCGGCUGCGACUGCGCGUCCGCCGCGCGCCGCCCCCCGCACAAGCCAAGUUCGGCAAGUUCGACGCCGCGGACGCUCCUGCCGAGGCUGAGCCGGCGGCGUCGACGGCGGAGGUCGAUGGCGGGGCGGAAAAGGCGGUGGUGACGGAGGAUGACAGCUCCUUGCCGUCGGAUCUGCAGGGCGCGAUAUGGCAGUCGGGGAAGGCCAGCGCCGAUUUCGUCAACUCGGGCGGCAUGAGAGGCAUCGCAGAGCUACUGAUCCCUCAGUUGGAGUUCCUCAAUGAGGAAGGAGCACAGGCCGAGGUCUGGGCACUGUCGAGAAUACUCCUGGACACACUUGCACAAGAGACUGGCCAGAAAGUUAAGGCCAUCUUCCCCGACGCCGGAGUGGCUGCCCUUCUGAAGUAUCAGUGGAAAGAUGCACAGUUCAAGUGUGCUAGUCUUAGCGAUCGAAAGCCAGUCGAUACUGAUGAUGAAGUCGUCGUUAUGAUUAUCCCUGAUCAUCAGAUGCUUGAAUCUGUUGAACGCAUUUCAUCUCAACUCUCUGAUGAUCCAAUAAGACCUCUCAUCAUGUGGAACCCACGUCUUGUUAGUGGAGAUGUUGGAGUGGGAUAUAAUGUUCGGAACCUCCGCAGAAAUUUCUUAAGUACUUUUACCACUGUUUACUCGAUGAGGCCAUUGCCUACUGGUGCAAUCUUCAGAUGCUAUCCUGAAAAGUGGAAAGUGUUUUAUGAUGAUCCAAAUAGACCCAAUCGGUAUUUGCUCGCGAGAGAAUCUUCAAGUCGCCCUGAUGCAACAGAUAUUGAGAUCAUAUUUGGCGGUGGCGGCGCCAGUGAGCAAUCCGAAGAGGAACCUUCAAUGAUGACUAAUGUCAUGGCCGCGUUUAGUUCCGUAAGCCGAUUUAUGAGAGUCAUUUCCAAGUGA